CUAAACACUGAUUGCUAUGCUUUUCACGACUGCAUGCCCGAACUUCCUCACUUCCUCUUCCAUUCGUAUCCCGAAUAUCCCACAUGCCAGAAUAACGCGGAGCCACUGGAUUUGCCAAAGCCUGUGUUUUUUUUUACAAUACUGUUGAACACAGCCAUGCAUUGCUGGCAAUGGCUGUUGAGGAGCUGAACUGAUGUUGUGUGCACUGUCUGCUCUUUACAAAUCUUUGGCUGUCAAGAUGUGUGGAUCUAUCUUUGCAAUAUCUCUGCAAGUGUGGGUGACCCUGAUGUUGUUCUCUCGACUACGAGGUAAGGUCCUUGCACCACCUCAUCUGCAGGCGAUGGCUGGACUUCCCUUCAUGCUGGCCUGUAAUAUUACCAUGAAGACAGGAGAGGAGCUAAAACAAGUUCUUUGGUUAGACAUGGCAAAUAAAACUAUACUACACUAUCAGCCUGAUAAGAAUGAAAAUGUAAGCAAAGUGGAUGGAGUCGAGCUUUUACAGGAAGCCACAGGUCAGCAGGCUCACACCAGCGUGAUCUCCAUCAGAAGAGCCACGCCAGCCAGCGAAGGCUGCUACCAGUGUCUUUUUGAUGUGUAUCCGUCCGGACAGCAGAGAGGAAGGACGUGUCUUUCACUUACAGGAACGGUGGAAAUGAUGGACAAUAGAACAGUUGUGAGUGGAAACCCUGUUACUCUUUCAUGCAAGUAUAUUCUCAGUAAGCAAGUUCAGCAGGUUUUAUGGAAAAAGACAGCUGAGCAAGGGGACACCACCACUGUUGCUUCUUAUGUCAAGAAUGACAAACCCAUCAUUGAGACCCCUUUCAAGGGUCGGAUCAUUCUAAACCCAUCACUUGGGCAAACCAAGCUCUCCAUACACCAGACUCAGACAGAGGAUGAGGGCUGUUACACCUGCGAGUUUCACACAUAUCCAGAUGGCAUUAAGAGCAAGACCGCUUGUCUGUCUGUUUAUGUCCUACCUGAACCUGAGGCCAGUUAUGUCACCGUAUCAGAGGGCAUUGUUGAGGCGAACUGCUCAGCUGUAUCACGUCCUCCAGCAAAUAUCUCCUGGAACAUUGAGGGUCAAAAUCAAACACUGGGUCCUGCUGUCACAUCAUUUUACCAGCUAGGGGACGGCACCACAAUGGUGGUCCGUUCCAUUCAAAUGCAGGCUGAGCUACUGGACGAUAAACUUGUGAAGUGUGAAGUUCAUCACCAAGGCCUUGAGUCUGCAAUUUAUGUGUUUCUGAAUAAAUAUAGGAACAUCCAUGUCAUUCUCAUCUCAGCCAGCUGUGUGGUCCUUGUGCUGCUCGUAUGUCUGUGUAUCUGCCUGAAGAGGUGUUAACUUUACCUGCUGAGAUGGCUGACUGAAAUGAAAGUUAAUGCUGCUGUGUCCAGAUGUUCUCCCUGACCAAACAACGGUGUUCCCUCUGUCUGAGUCACAGACAAAUCUGAGUCAACGUCUUCUAAUAUAACUGAUAUUCAGUGUAACAGUAUAAAAACAAACAUUUAAUCACAACACUAAAUGCCUUAUUUAUUAUAGAUGGUAUAUUUUAGUAAAGCAUUUUUUUCUUAGCCAAACUCUAGUGAUUCAUACUCGUUAAAGUAACGUAAAUCUAAGCAGACUUAUCUGAAAGCUGACAUUCUGUAACCACAGAGAAGUCAGAAGCCAGAAAAAAAGUUAUUGUUAGCCUUACUGAUGUUUUGAUGUGUGUAAUAAAAAUAACCAAGUUUUAUCAGGGGAAGCACUCUUUUAGACAUGAGCAGCUAUAUGGCCUUUGGUGCCAAGUCAUUGUCUUGAUGUUUGGAUUAAAGUGAUUCAAUUAUUACAAACAUUUUCCCUCUAGAGGGAAGUACACUCAUAGCUUAAAACAUUUAGUCCAUCUGUGUCAUUCUGAAAUGAGGUGGUUUCAUCCCCCUUCUACACCUUGUGUUUUAUGUGUUUUGUAAGAAGUUCUCUGAAACCUCUCAAAUAAUAAAGGAAACAUGAACUUUGUUAA